AUGGAGAGUCUGGACGAACUAGAGCACCCUCUGCUAGGACGGGAGAGUCCCAAGGCAGACCCCCGAGGCCUGGGUAACACCUGCACCCCUAACCGCCUAUUCAAGGGCAUCCUGAUGAGGUGUGAGGAGGAACAGACAUUGCCCCCGCUGGGCUGGAGGGGUUACUGCGGGGGGCCAGGAGAACCAGGACCAGGGGCACUCCGGCACCAGCAGGCCCAGCAGCUGUUAGAUCCCUGCUCCCUCCCCAACACUCUGGAGACCAUGUACCCACCAGCCCCUCUCUGGGGCCGACCUGACCCUGACACCUUGGGCCUGGGGAGCAAGGACUACCUGGAAACCACGUUCGUGGACAUCCACCCCGAGUCACCGCUGCAGAGGAAACUGUUGGCAGAGAGCCAACAGGAUGCUCACUCCGUCUUCUACAGCCUAGAGGACGAAGACGAGCUGCUGCCCAACUACGAGGUGAGAAAGGAUCUCAUUGUGGCUCAGUCAAUAGGACAUGGCGCUUGCAAUGCUAAAGGGUCGUGGGUUUGAUUCCUGUACCCCCAUACAUAAAAUGUAUUCAUGAAAGUCCCUUUGGAUAAAACAUAUCUGCUAAAUGCCAUAUAUCAUAUUACUCUACACUCAACAAAAAUAUAACGCAACAUGUUGGUCCCAUGUUUCAUGAGCUGAAAUGAAAGAUCCCGAAAUUUCCCAUAUGCACAAAAAGCUUAUUUCUCUAAAAUGUUGUGCACAAAUUUGUUUACAUCCCUGUUAGUGAGCAUUUCUCCUUUGCCAAGAUAAUUCAUCCACCUGACAGGUGUAGCAUAUCAAGAAGCUGAUCAUUAUACAGGUGCACCUUGUGCUGGGGCCAAUAAAAGGCCACUCUAAAAUGUGCAGUUUUGUCACACAACACAAUGCCACAGAUGUCUUACGUUUUGAAGGAGCAUGCAACUGGCAUGCUGACUGCAGGAAUGUCCACCAGAGCUGUUGCCAGAUAAUUGAAUGUUAAUUUCUCUACCAUAAGCCACCUCCAACGUCGUUCUAGAGAAUUUGGCAGUAAGUCCUUCCGGCCUCACAACCGCAGACCACAUGUAACCAUGCUAGCUUAUGACCUCCGCAUCCAGCUUCUUCACUUGCGGGAUCUUCUGAGACCAGCCACCCGGACAGCGAAUGAAACUCUGGGUUUGCACAACCGAAGAAUUUCUGCACAAACUGUCAGAAACCGUCUCAGGAAAGCUAAUCUGUGUGCUCGUCGUCCUCACCAGGGUCUUGACCUGACUGCAGUUCGGCUUUGUAACCAACUUCAGUGAGCAAAUGCUCACCUUCGAUGGCCACUGGCACGCUGGAGAAGUGUGCUCUUCACGGAUGAAUCCCGUUUUCAACUGUACCGGGCAGAUGGCAGACAUCAUGUGGGCGAGCGGUUUGCUGAUGUCAACGUUGUGAACAGAGUGCCCUGUGGUGGCGGUGGGGUUAUGGUAUAGGCAGGCAUAAGCUAUCAACAACAAACACAAUUGUAUUUUAUCGAUGGCAAUUUGAAUGCACACAGAUACCGUGAUGAGAUCCUUUGGCCCAUUGUCGUGCCAUUCAUCCACCGCCAUCACCUCAUGUUUCAGCAUGAUAAUGCACUGCCCCAUGUCGCAAGGAUCUGUACUCAAUUCCUGCAAGCUGAAAAUGUCCCAGUUCUUCCAUGGUCUGCAUACUCACCAGACAUGUCACCCACUGAGCAUGUUUGGGAUGCUCUGGAUCGACGUGUACGACAGCGUGUUCCAGUUCCCACCAAUAUCCAGCAACUUCGCACAGCCAUUGAAUAGUGGGUCAUUCCACAGGCCACAAUCAACAGCCUGAUCAACUCUAUGCGAAGGAGAUGUGUUGCGCUGCAUGAGGCAAAUGGUGGUCACCCCAGAUACUGACUGGUUUUCUGAUCCACGCCCCUACUUUUUUUUUUUUUUUUUUUAAGUAAUCUGUGACCAACAGAUGCAUAUCUGUAUUCCCAAUCAAGUGAAAUCGAUAGAUCAGGGCCUAAUUUAUUUAUUUAAAUGGACUGAUUUCCUUAUAUGAAGUGUUCAGUGUAUAUUAUAAGUACAGUCUCUCAUUGCCGGGAAAUUCAGCUGUAUGUGUUGCAGUAGACAGUACGGAGGGAGAGUGGCGACAAUAGGUACGGGAGUUUCUUUCUGUACACGUGACCCGACCAGGUCUGACAGAGCAGCACAGAACUCCUUGUUUAAACCAAUGAUUUAUAUAUACACUAGAGGUCUAACAGACUGGUGCUCUGUUCUGAAGCCACCACGCCUCCAUCUUGACACUCCCCCACCAGCCACCACGCCUCCAUCUUGACACUCCCCCCCACCACCAUGCCCCAUCUUGACACACUCCCCCACCAGCCACCACGCCUCCAUCUUGACACUCCCCCACCAGCCACCACGCCUCCAUCUUGACACUCCCCCACCAGCCACCACGCCUCCAUCUUGACACUCCCCCACCAGCCACCACGCCUCCAUCUUGACACUCCCCCACCAGCCACCACGCCUCCAUCUUGACACUCCACCAACAGCCACCACGCCUCCAUCUUGACACUCCACCACCAGCCACCACGCCUCCAUCUUGACACUCCCCCACCAGCCACCACGCCUCCAUCUUGACACUCCCCACCAGCCACCACGCCUCCAUCUUGACACUCCCCCACCAGCCACCACGCCUCCAUCUUGACACUCCUCCACCAGCCACCACGCCUCCAUCUUGACACUCCUCCACCCAGCUACCACGCCUCCAUCUUGACACUCCCCCACCAGCCACCACGCCUCCAUCUUGACACUCCCCCACCAGCCACCACGCCUCCAUCUUGACACUCCACCACCAUCCACCACGCCUCCAUACUUGACACUCCACCACCAGCCACCACGCCUCCUCUUGACACUCCACCACCAGCCCACCACGCCUCCAUCUUGACACUCCCCCACCAGCCACCACGCCUCCAUCUUGACACUCCCCGACCAGCCCACACGCCUCCAUCUUGAACACUCCCCCCACCAGCCACCACGCCUCCAUCUUGACAACUCCCCCACCAGCCACCACGCCUCCAUCUUGACACUCCCCCCACCAGCCACCACGCCUCCAUCUUGACACUCCUCCACCAGCCACCACGCCUCCAUCUUGACACUCCCACCCCACCAGCCACCACGCCUCCCAUCUUGACACUACCACCACCAGCCACCAACGCCUCCAUCUUGACACUCCACCACCAGCCACCACGCCUCCAUCUUGACCACUCCACCACCAGCCACCACGCCUCCAUCUUGACACUCCCCCACCAGCCACCACGCCUCCAUCUUGACACUCCCCCACCAGCCACCACGCCUCCAUCUUGACACUCCCCCACCAGCCACCCAGCACCACGCCUCCAUCUUGACACUCCCCCCACCAGCCACCACGCCUCCAUCUUGACACUCCCCCCACCAGCCACCACGCCUCCAUCUUGACACUCCUCCACCAGCCACCACGCCUCCAUCUUGACACUCCUCCACCAGCCACCACGCCUCCAUCUUGACACUCCUCCACCAUUACAAAAAAUAUAUAUAUAUAUAUAUAUAUAUAUAUAUUGGAAGCUAUGAAAAAAAAAAGCUAUACAAAUCUAUCUCUCUUGAUGAUGUAGUCUACUGUAUGUGAUGCAUAACUACAUAGUUAUAUUGUUAUAAUAUAGCUGAUGCCCAUGUCAGGUCACACCAUCUCUUAAUUUGACUUAAAUCUCAAACUGAAUUUUUCCGCUGCUCUGUGUCCGCUACAUACUUCAGUCUGAGACUGCCAUCAUUCAAGUCGUUGGUGGUGAACGUCAAAAUGAGGGGUGUUGUACAAAACAAAAAGUAUUCAAUGAUUAGAUCAUUUUUAACCAAUCAGAGUAUCAAAGCCAAUAACGAAAAUCCUCCCCAAUGUAAGCACAGCAAUGGAUCGCUCCUGUCAGUUUGCAUUAGCUAUACAGAGCAUACAGUAGAGAGAGAGAGAGAGAGAAGAGAGAGAGGAAGUACAGUAGAGAGACUAGAUAGAGAGAGAGAGAAGAAGAGAGAGAGAAAGAGAUGCGAGAGAUCGUAGAGAGAGCUAGAGCUUAGGAGCGCCCGUCAUCUCUCUCUCUCCUCUCCCAUCUACUCCACUUCCCUCUCGCGCUCGCUCGCGCUUCCCGUACGUCCCGUCGCUCUGCGCUUGCUCUUCUCGCGCUCUACGCUCCCUCUCUCUCUCUAGUAGAGAGAGCAGAUACAGAAGCAGGUGUGAGCUCUCCUGGGGAGAGGAUGGUGAGGGUGAAUAAUAUUAUGAGAGCAGAGAGUGUCUUAUUCUCUCUGACACUGACACACCCACCCCCACCAGAUUAAUUUUCAUAUCCCCCCGGAGACUGACACCGUCUUUGUAAUGGUAACCCCAGCAACUAAGUACUGUGUUCACCGAGACAGGAGUGUUUAACAGGACAGAUCAAUCAGAACAUCACAGAACAUUCCAGAACAUUCCCUGAUAUACAGGCAGGGGUGGAGAGGGCUCAGAUUUAGUGGGGCAGACGGGCGAGGUGGGCGCAAAAUGUUGUGUGAGGUGAAUUAUUCAUAAAGCACAUCUGCUGGAAAUAAAACAGAUGAUUAUUGUUAUUGUAUAAAACUAGAGACAUAAUCAGACGGGAGAGAGAGAGAGAGAGAGACAGAGACAGAGACAGAGACAGAGACAGAGAGAGAGAGAGUGUAGAGAGACAGAGAGAGAGAGAGAGUGAGAGAGGAGAGGAUAGAGAGAGAGAGAGAGAGAGAGAGAGAGAGAGAGACAGAGAGACAGAUAUAGAGAGACAAGAGCGAUAGAGAGAGAGAGAGAGACGAGAGAGAGAGAAAGAGAGCGAGAGAGAGAGACAGAGAGAGAGAGAGAGAGCGAGAGAGAGAGCGAGAGAUGCCAGAUUGUACAUGCAAGCCCUUUUCUAUAAAGGCAUGAGUCACGCAGGAGAUGAGAGGAGGCCUGGGGCAGCAGAGCUGGUACACAUUCAGGAUAACCCCAUUCAGUCACAUUAUCUUACAGGCACCAGCCAACCACACAACAAUGGAGCAGCAAAAACACACUUCACCAUUUCAGGAAAAAGAGAGGCAGAUCAGUUGGUCUACACAGUAUAUAUAUAACCAAACAGGUCAAAGAGAAAAACAUAUGCAGCAGCACAAAUAAUUAGUUAUAAUAAUAUUCAUAUUUAUAGUGAUAUGUGAUAUCAUGUCUUAUCAUUUCAGGCCCCCCUGUAUAUAUAGCCUCCCUACUGUAUAUAUAGCCUCCCUACUGUUAUUUUAUUUUACUUCUGCUCUUUUUUUCUCAACACUUUUUUUGUUUUUUUAUUUUUAUUCUUUUUUUGUUAAAAAUAAAUGCACUGUUGGUUAAGGGCUGUAAGUAAGCAUUUCACUGUAAUGUCUGCACCUGUUGUAUUCGGCGCAUGUGACCAAUAAAAUGUGAUUUGAUUUGAUUUGAUUUGAUACUACAAUGUUACGAAAACACAUUUCAAAAGAGUGAGUUUGACUAAAGCACAUUUCUAAGUGUAGCAGCCUGAUGUUGAAUUAUUUGCCCUUUUCAUACAGCAGUCAGUGUUUUGUAACUGUGUUGUACUUCAUACUAUAAUUCUGUGCAUCUCCGCGGCCCCCCCCAGGACUCGUCCAGCGACGAGGACUUCAGUGAUACGGACAGUGACAGUAACUUCCCCCUGAUGAUUCCACAGGAUUACCUGGGCCUUGCCUUCUUCUCCAUGCUCUGCUGUUUCUGGCCUCUAGGCAUCGCUGCCUUCUACCUGUCUCAAAAGGUAUAGCGUUAACAACUAUACUAUAUACUGUACUGUAAUAUACUAUAUACUGUACUGUUAUAUACUAUAUACUGUACUGUAAUAUACUAUAUAUAACUAUAUAACUGUACUGUAUACAUAUACUGUUACUUAAUAUACUCUAUACUGUACUGUAAUAUACUAUAUACUGUAAUAUACUAUAUACUGUACUGUAAUAUACUAUAUACUGUACUGUAAUAUACUAUAUACUGUAAUAUACUAUAUACUGUACUGUAAUAUACUAUAUACUGUACUGUAAUAUACUAUAUACUGUACUGUAAUAUACUAUAUACUGUACUGUAAUAUACUAUAUACUGUAAUAUACUAUAUACUGUACUGUAAUAUACUAUAUACUAACUUCAUGUCUAUACUGUACUGUUAUAUACUAUACUCUACUAUACAUAGUUGCCUCCUGCUCUGCUGUUUCUGGCCUCGAGGCAUCGCUGCCUUCUACCUGCCUCAAAAAAUGUACACUACAUGACCAAAAGUAUGUAGACACCUGCUCGUCGAACAUCUCAUUCCAAAAUCACGGGCAUUAAUAUGGAGUUGGUCCCCCCCUUUGCUGCUAUAACAGCCUCCACUCUUCUGGGAAGGCUUUCCAGGCUCUGUCGUAGCCGGCCGCGACCGGGAGACCCAUGGGGCGGCGCACAAUUGGCCCAGCGUCGUCCAGGGUAGGGGAGGGAAUGGCUUGCAGGGAUGUAGCUCAGUUGGUAGAGCAUGGCGUUUGCAACGCCAGGGUUGUGGGUUCGAUUCCCACGGGGGGCCAGUAUGAAUUUUUUUUUAAAAAAAAUAAUGUAUGCACUCACUAACUGUAAGUCGCUCUGGAUAAGAGCGUCUGCUAAAUGACUAAAAUGUAAAUGUAGAUGUAGAUGUUGGAACAUUGCUGCGGGGACUUGCUUCCAUUCAGCCACAAGAGCAUUAGUGAGGUCGGGCACUGAUGUUGGGCGAUUAGGCCUGGCUCGCAGUCGGUGUUCCAAUUCAUCCCAAAGGUGGUCAGUGGGGUUGAGGUCGGGGCUCUGUGCAGGCAAGUCAAGUUCUUCCACACCGAUCUCGACAAACCAUUUCUGUAUGGACCUCGCUUUGUGCACGGGGGCAUUGUCAUGCUGAAACAGGAAAGGGCCUUCCCCAAACUCGUCUAGAAUGUCAUUGUAUGGUGUUGUGUUAAGAUUUCCCUUCAAUGGAACGAAGGGGCCCGAACCAUGAAAAACAGCCCAGACCAUUAUUCCUCCUCCACCAAACUUUACAGUAGGUACUAAAACCAGAUUCGUCCGUCGGACUGCCAGAUGGUGAAGUGUGAUUCAUCACUCCAGAGAACGCGUUUCCACUGCUCCAGAGUCCAAUGAUAUAUAUUUAUUUAUUUAUUUUUUUACAUUUUUUAGUCAUUUAGCAGACGCUCUUAUCCAGGGCGACUUACAGUUAGUGAGUGCAUAAUUAUAAUUUUUUUGAAUACUGGCCCCCCGUGGGAAUCGAACCCACAACCCUAGCGUUGCAAACGCCAUGCUCUACCAACUGAGCUAGACGGGCCAGUAUGACUGCGAGUUUUACACCACUCCAGCCGAUGCUUGGAAUUGCGCAUGGUGAUCUUAGGCUUGUGUGCGGCUGCUCGGCCAUGGAAACCCAUUUCAUGAAGCUCUCGACUAACUGUUCUUGUGCUGAUGUUGCUUCCAGAGGCAGUUUGGAUCUCGGUAGUGAGUGUUGCAACCGAAGACAGACCGUUCUUCUUUUUCAGCACUCGCCAGUCCCGUUCUGUGAGCUUGUGUGGCCUACCACUUCGCGGCUGAGACGUUGUUGCUCCUAGAUGUUUCCACUUCACAAUAACAGCACUUACAGUUGACCGGGGCAGCUCUAGCAGGGCAGGAAUUUGACAAACUGACUUGUUGGAAAGGUGGCAUCCUAUGACGGUGCCACGUUGAAAGUCACUGAGCUCUUCAGAAAGGCCAUUCUACUACCAAUGACUGUCUAUAGAGAUUGCAUGGCUGUGUGCUCGAUUUUAUAUAUCUCUAAUUUGAAGGGGUGUCCACAUACUUUUGUAUAUACAGUGCAUUCGGAAAGUAUUAAGACCCCUUGACUUUUUCCACAUUUUGUUACGCUACAGCAGGGUUCUUCAAUUCUGGUCCUGGAGGGCCGAAACACUUCUGUUUUUUAUUUCUACCUGGUAGUUAAUUGCACUCACCUGGUGUCCCAGGUCUGAAUUAGCCCCUGAUUAGAAGGAGAGGAUGUAAAAACAGAGGUGUUUCGGCCCUCCAGGACCGGAAUUGAAGAACCCUGCGCUACAACCUUAUUCUAAAAUGGAAUUUAAAAAAAAUCCAUCAAUCUACACACAAUACCCCAUAAUGACAAAGUGAAAACAGGUUUACAGACAGACAUUUUUGCACAUUUAUCAAAAAUAAACUUAUUUACAUAAGUAUUCAGACCCUUUGCUAUGAGACUCUAAAUUGAGCUCAGGUGCAUCCUGUUUCCAGUGAUCAUCCUUGAGAUGUUUUUACAACUUGAUUGGAGUCCACCUGUGGUAAAUUCAUCUGAUUGGACAUGAUUUGGAAAGGCACACACCUACAGUGGGGAGAACAAGUAUUUGAUACACUGCCGAUUUUGCAGCUUUUCCUACUUACAAAGCAUGUAGAGGUCUGUAAUUUUUAUCAUAGGUACACUUCAACUGUGAGAUACGGAAUCUAAAACAAAAAUCCAGAAAAUCACAUUGUAUGAUUUUUACGUUUUUAAUUUGCAUUUUAUUGCAUGACAAUAAAAAAAAAUCAAUUUUCUAAUAAGGCUGUAACGUAACAAAAUGUGGAAAAAGUCAAGGGGUCUGAAUACUUUCCAAAGGCAAUUUUAGAAAAGAAAAAAACAAUACUGAAAUAUGACAUUUACAUAAGUAUUCAGACCCUUUACUCAGUACUUUGUGUAUAUAUAUUCUACUAACGCCAAGGUGACAGCAUGUGAACAGCAGUGUGUAAAGUGGAAGUGUUGAACAUUGACAUUAUGGAAGAGCACCUGGAUGGGAUUAACAGGGAUUACAGCCAGAUUAUUAUUACAGGAUUAUAUAAAAUGCCUCCAGAUAUUUUGUUUAAAAGGAACUCAGUCCGGCUUUGGGAACCAUUACACUGCAAUACACCGGGUAGGUGAACAGUGUUUACAUUUACAUUUUAGUCAUUUACCAGACGCUCUUAUCCAGAGCGAUUAGGGUUAAGUGCCUUCCUCAAGGGCAAAUCGACAGAUUUUUCACCUAGUCGGCUCGGGGAUUAGAACUAGCGACCUUUCGGUUACUGGCACUACGCUCUUAACCACUAAGCUACCUGCCGCCCAGGGGAAUGAUCAAGACAACAGGGCCUGUAUUCAUAAAGAGUGCUGAUCUCGGAUCAGGCCCCCCCCCGUCCAUAUUAUUUUAUUAAUUAUGACCUAAAAAGGCCAAACUGAUCCUACAUUAGCACUCCUACUGUGAGACUGUGAAUACAGGCCCUGGUCUGGUCUAGUAAAUGCUGUUGUAAAUCAUUGACAAACAAAUAGACCCCAAGUGGUUGUUGGUAUGAGGAGAGUUGGUAUUCUGAUUGUCUCUGACAGAGAGCAUGCUGGUCCUUCUCUAUCCAGCCAAGGUACAGACUCUCUCACGUAAAUCUCUCCACACAAAACCCUGAUGGUUAUUGGGUAGACGGUCAGUCUCACUGAAGGACACUAGAACAUUGUGUGUGUUUCACUUAGUGCAUUAUUGCCUCUAGUGUCAGGCUGAGUUAAAGAGAACGGUUGUUACAUCUGAAUUUCCAUACUACAUUCUGAAGCAGAGUAGAGGACAUUAGCAUCCAGAGUAGAGGACAUUAGCAUCCAGAGUAGAGGACAUUAGCAUCCAGUCACCCAGAGCCAGUGUUCAGACACAGUAGAGGACAUUAGCAUCCAGUCACCCAGGGCCAGUGUUCAGACAGAGUAGAAGACAUUAGCAUCCAGAGUAGAGGACAUUAGCAUCCAGUCACCCAGAGCCAGUGUUCAGACACAGUAGAGGACAUUAGCAUCCAGAGUAGAGGACAUUAGCAUCCAGUCACCCAGAGCCAGUGUUCAGACACAGUAGAGGACAUUAGCAUCCAGUCACCCAGGGCCAGUGUUCAGACAGAGUAGAGGACAUUAGCAUCCAGUCACAAAGAGCCAGUGUUCAGACAGAGUAGAGGACAUUAGCAUCCAGUCACCCAGAGCCAGUGUUCAGACAGAGUAGAGGACAUUAGCAUCCAGUCACCAGAGCCAGUGUUCAGACAGAGUAGAGGACAUUAGCAUCCAGUCACCCAGAGCCAGUGUUCAGACAGAGUAGAGGACAUUAGCAUCCAGUCACCCAGAGCCAGUGUUCAGACAGAGUAGAGGACAUUAGCAUCCAGUCACCCAGAGCCAGUGUUCAGACAGAGUAGAGGACAUUAGCAUCCAGUCACCCAGAGCCAGUGUUCAGACAGAGUAGAGGACAUUAGCAUCCAGUCACCCAGAGCCAGUGUUCAGACAGAGUAGAGGACAUUAGCAUCCAGUCACCCAGAGCCAGUGUUCAGACAGAGUAGAGGACAUUAGCAUCCAGUCACCCAGAGCCAGUGUUCAGACAGAGUAGAGGACAUUAGCAUCCAGUCACCCAGAGUUCAGGCAGCGUUAACUAACCAGUGAGCUACACCCCCCCGGGCUUUGAAGUGUUAUUUACCAUUAGCAUGUGUGUUAGUGCUAACUAGCAGCGAGGCAGAGGCCCAGGCAGCCAAUCAAUGGCCUUCAUUAUACUAACUAGCAGCAAGGCAGAGGCCCAGGCAGCCAAUCAAUGGCCUUCAUUAUACUCAUAACAAGUAGCCCAUAGAUUUCCAAUAGUGUUGAGAGCCCUGGGAUGGGGGUCCCUGGGAAAGGGCUCUGGGAUGGGGGUCCCUGGGAUGGGGGUCCCUGGGAAAGGGCUCUGGGAUGGGGGUCCCUGGGAAAGGGCUCUGGGAUGGGGGUCCCUGGGAUGGGGGUCCCUGGGAUGGGGGUCCCUGGGAUGGGGGUCCCUGGGAAAGGGCUCUGGGAUGGGGGUCCCUGGGAUGGGGGUCCCUGGGAUGGGGGUCCCUGGGAUGGGGGUUCCCUGGGAAAGGGCUCUGGGAUGGGGGUCCCUGGGAUGGGGGUCCCUGGGAUGGGGGUCCCCUGGGAAAGGGCUCUGGGAUGGGGGUCCCUGGGAAAGGGCUCUGGGAUGGGGUCCCUGGGAUGGGGGUCCCUGGGAUGGGGGUCCCUGGGAAAGGGCUCUGGGAUGGGGGUCCCUGGGAUGGGGGUCCCUGGGAUGGGGUCCCUGGGAAGGGCUCUGGGAUGGGGGUCCCUGGGAUGGGGGUCCCUGGGAUGGGGGUCCCUGGGAAAGGGCUCUGUAAUGGGGGUCCCUGGGAAAGGGCUCUGGGAUGGGGGUCCCCUGGGAAAGGGCUCUGGGAUGGGGGUCCCUGGGAUGGGGGUCCCUGGGAUGGGGGUCCCUGGGAAAGGGCUCUGGGAUGGGGGUCCCUGGGAUGGGGGUCCCUGGGAAAGGGCUCUGGGAUGGGGGUCCCUGGGAUGGGGGUCCCUGGGAAAGGGCUCUGGGAUGGGGGUCCCUGGAUGGGGGGUCCCUGGGAAAGGGCUCUGGGAUGGGGGUCCCUGGGAAAGGGCUCUGGGAUGGGGGUCCCUGGGAUGGGGGUCCCUGGGAUGGGGGUCCCUGGAUGGGGGUCCCUGGAUGGGGGGUCCCUGGGAAAGGGCUCUGUAAUGGGGGUCCCUGGGAAAGGGCUCUGGGAUGGGGGUCCCUGGGAAAGGGCUCUGGGAUGGGAGGAGGAAGAGGAAGUGAUGAAGGAGCCAUAAGCAGUGGGAUUGUCAGAGAAAAGAGAGAUACGAAUUCAGCAUGUGAAUAGAGUUAUCGUUCAUCCUGUGUAUCAGUGUCAGAUUCUGUUUGUUCAAUUCAGGGAAUAAAAAAAAAUAAUAAAAAAAUAAAAGGCAUAAUACUAUAUAUUUUUACAUUUUGUAAUUGUAUAACAGUAUGAUUGAAAUUUGAAAGACUGGAGGAAGGGAGAGAGGACAGAGAGAGAGAGACAUACCAAUUAGGAUCUGGCUAAAAAUACUUGAAUCAGUUAUAGAACCCAUUGCCCUUUAUGGUUGUGAGGUCUGGGGUCUGCUCACCAACCAAGAAUUCACAAAAUGGGACAAACACCAAAUUGAGACUGCAUGCAGAAUUCUGCAAAAAUAUCCUCUGUAUACAACGGAAAACACCAAAUAAUGCAUGCGGAGCAGAAUUAAGCCGAUACCUGCUAAUUAUAAAAAUCCAGAAAAGAGCCGUUCAAUUCUAUACCCACUUAAAAGGAAGCGAUUCCCAAACCUUCCAUAACAAAGCCAUCACCUACAGAGAGAUGAACCUGGAGAAGAGUCCCCUAAGCAAGCUGGUCCUGGGGCUCUGUUCACAAACACAAAACAGACCCCACACAGCCCCAGGACAGCAACACAAUUAGACCCAACCAAAUCAUGAGAAAACAAAAAGAUAAUUACUUGACACAUUGGAAAGAAUUAACAUAAAAACUGAGCAAAUUAGAAUGCUAUUUGGCUCUAAACAGAGAGUACACAGUGACAGAAUACCUGACCACUGUGACUGACCCAAAAUUAAGGAAAGCUUUGACUAUGUACAGACUCAGUGAGCAUAGCCUUGCUAUUGAGAAAGGCCGCCGUAGGCAGACCUGGCUCUCAAGAGAAGACAGGCUAUGUGCACACUGCCCACAAAAUGAGGUGGAAACUGAGCUGCACGUCCUAACCUCCUGCCAAAUAUAUGGCCAUAUUAGAGACACAUAUUUCCUUCAGAUUACACAGACCCACUAAAAAUUUGAAAACAAAUCCAAUUUGGAUAAACUCCCUUAUCUACUGGGUGAAAUACCACAGUGUGCCAUCACAGCUGCAAGAUUUGUGACCUGUUGCCACAAGAAAAGGGCAACCAGUGAAGAACAAACACCAUUGUAAAUACAACCCAUAUUUAUGUUGAUUUGUUUUCCCUUUUGUACUUUAACUAUUUGCACAUUGUUACAACAUUUGAAAUGUCUUUAUUAUUUUGGAACUUUAGUGAGUGUGAUGUUUACUGUUAAUAUCUAUUUCACUUGCUUUGGUAAUGUUAACCAAUAAAGCCAUUUGAAUUGAGAGAGAGAGAGAGAGAGGGAGGACAGAGGGGAGAGAGAGGGAGGACAGAGGGAGGACAGAGGGGAGGGGGAGAGAGGGAGGACAGAGGGGAGAGAGAGGGAGGACAGAGGGAGGGACAGUUUCUCUUUUCUAUUAUGACCAUCCCUCUGUCCUUUCUCUAUCCUCUCCCUCUCCCUCUCCUCUCUCCCCUCUCCCUCUGUCCCCUCUCCCUCUGUCCCCUCUCCCUCUGUCCCCUCUCCCUCUGUCCCCUCUCCCUCUGUCCCUCUGUCCCCUCUCCCUCUGUCCUCUGUCCCCUCUCCCUCUGUCCCCUGUCCCCUCUCCCUCUGUCCCCUGUCCCUCUGUCCUCUGUCCCUGUCCCCUCUCCCUCUGUCCUCUGUCCCCUCUCCCUCUCCCCCCUCUGUCCCCCUCUCCCUCCCCUCUGUCCCCUCUGUCCCCUCUCCCCCCCCUGUCCCCCUCUUCCCCCCCCUCUCCCUCCCCUCUGUCCCCUCUCCCUCUGUCCCCCUCUCCCCCCCUCUCCUCCCCUCUGUCCCCUCUCCCUCUGUCCCCUCUCCCCCCCCUCUCCCUCCCCUCUGUCCCCUCUCCCUCUGUCCCCUCUCCCUCUGUCCCCUCUCCCCUCUCCCUCUGUCCCCCUCUCUGUCCCCUCUCCCUCUGUCCCCUCUCUGUCCCCCUCUCCCUCUGUCCCCCUCUCCCUCGUCCUCUCCUCCCCCUCUCCCCCCUCUCCCUCUGUCCCCUCUCCCUCCGUCCCCUCUCCACCCCUCUCUCCCCUCUGUCCUUUCUCUAUCCCUCUUCCCCCCCUCCCCUCUCUCCCCUCCCCCCCCCCCCUUCCCCCUCCCCUCUCCCCCUCUGUCCCCUCUCCCCCCCCCCCCCCCUCUCUCCCCUCCCCUCUUCCCUCUCUCCCCCCCCCUGUCCCCUCUCUCCCCCCUCUGUCCCCCCCUCUCCCCUCUGUCCCCUCUCCCCCCCCCUCCCCUUCCCCUCUCCCCUUCCCCCCUCUCUCCCCCCCUCUGUCCCCCUCUCUCCCCGUCCCCUCUCUCCCUCUGUCCCCUCUUCCCCCUCUCCCCUCCCCCUCUGUCCCCUCUCUCCCCCUGUCCCCCUCUCCCUCCCCUCUGUUUUCCCCCCCUCCCCUUUUCCCCCUCUUCCCCCCUUGUUCCCCUUUUUCCCUCCCCUGCCCCCCUCUGUCCCCCCCCCCUCUGUCCCCUCUCCCUCUUGUCCCCCUUUUCCCUUCCUCUCCCUCCCCCCUCUGUCCCCCCCCUCUUCCCCCCCUCUGUCCCCCUCCCCCUCUGUCCCCCUCUUCCCCCUCUCCUCUGUCCCCCUCUCUUUUCCCCCCCUCUGUCCCCUCUCCCCCCCCUGUCCCCCCUCCCCCCCCCCGUCCCCUCUCCCCCCCCCCCUCUGUCCCUCUCCCCUUCCCCUCUCCCCCCCUGUCCCCUCUCCCCCCCCCUCUGUCCCCUUUUCUCCCCUCCCCUCUGUCCCCCCUUUCCCCCCCCUCGUCCCCCCCUGUCCCCUCCCCCCCUCUCCCCCCCUCUCCCUCCCCUCUCUUCCCCCUGUCCCCCUUUUCCCCUUCCCUCUGUCCCCCUCUCUCCCCCCCUCUCUCCCCCCUCGUCCCCCCCCCCUGUCCCCUCUCUCCCCCCCUGUCCCCCCUUCCCCCCCCCCCUCUCCCUCCCCCCCUCUGUCCCCUCUCUCCCCGCCCCUCCCCCUCUGUCCCCCUUCUCCCCCCUGUCCCUCCCCCUCUGUCCCCUCUCUCCCCCCCCCCCUGUCCCCUCUCCCCCCCCCCUCUUCCCCUCUUUUCCCCUCUCUCCCCCCCCUGUCCCCCCUCCUCCCUCCCCUCUGCCCCCUCCCUCUGUCCCCUCUCUCUCCCCCCCCUCUGUCCCCCUCUUUUCCCCCUCUCCCUCUGUCCCCUCUCCCUCUGUCCCCCUCUCUCCCCCCUCUGUCCCCUCUCCCUCUGUCCCCUCUCCCCCCCCUCUGUCCCCUCUCUCUCCCCUCUCCCCCCCCUCUGUCCCCUCUCCCGCUGUCCCCUCUUCCCCCUCUGUCCCCCUCUCUCCCCCCUUUUGUCCCCUCUCCCUCUGUCCCCCCCCCCCCUUCUGUCCCCUCUCCCCCCCCUCUGUCCCCUCUCUCCCCCCUGUCCCCCCCCCCCUCUGUCCCCUCUCCCUCUGUCCCCUCUCUCUCCCUCUCCCCCCUCUGUCCCCCUCUCUCCCCCCCUCUGUCCCCCUCUCCCUCUGUCCCCCUCUGUCCCCUCUCCCUCUGUCCCCUCUCCCUCUGUCCCCUCUCCCCCCCUCUCCCUCUCUGUCCCCCUCCCUCCCCCCCUGUCCCCUCUCCGUGUUUCAGACCAACAAGGCGUCGGCUCAGGGGGACUUCCAGGGAGCAGGUGCAGCAUCCCGCCAGGCCCUAUGGCUCUCUGUCCUCUCUAUGGUGUUUGGGAUCAUCACGUACAUCUGUGCCAUCUCUGCUCUCAUCUCCUAUCUGUCUGGGAAGCCG